GUAGAUUGGAUGAUUUCGAUCUAGAUCUAAGAUCAAACGAGGUUGAAGGACCAAACGAGUGAGACGCAUUCAUCCAUCAUACCGGCGGGUGUCUAACACUGAUCUUCUUGGGCUGAAAACCGUGUUAGAUCCAGCCUUACUUGUCCGCCUACGAUUGCUCAUUCAUAAUCUGUAAUUGGCAACGAGACUUGGAGAGAAUCAACGUGGAUCCGACGGAUAUCUACCCACGGCCAGACUGCUGCUACCUACCACAUAUGAGACGACUGAUAAAGUGAGAUUUUCUGGCGAUCGGUAGACGAUUGAAGGGUGGCAGGAUCCUUGCUAGAAUUGCGCAAGUCCGUGGAUCAAUCUGGCCUAAUUUGACCUAGAUCCGACCAAGAUUGAAGAAGUUGUCAUCCUCGGCCAAAUUCAGGUGUCAAGCCGGUGACCCACAAGGGCAAACUCGUCGGAUUCCGUCGAGAGACGACUGUCCCCUCAUUUUCACUAAGAAUCUGGGAUUUUCUCUAAAUCCGGUGACAUGUCCAGCAACUUCCUAAAGUAUUGCUAAUUUCACAUUUAGAUUUGAUUCGGGCUAUUUCCUUUUUGGUUUGGCGUGAAGGAGUUGCGGCAGAAAGAAGGGGAUAAUGGCGCCGAAUUGGAAGGAAGGAUAGCGACCCAAAUAGAAGAUCCUAGUGCCGCAAUUGGUGGAGGUUGAGACGGAUCGUGAUCCAAAAAGGUAGGUCCCUCAUGCCGAUUUUUGUGGAAGAGAUCACAACCAAAAAGGCAGGAGAUUGACGCCAAAACACUUGACAAAUUUGUCACCCUCACCUGCAAUAGUGGUGAUUGCCUCCCCCAAUCUCGCAAUAAUUGGGGUCCACUUGCAUUCCGGUGACGCAUUCCAACCUUCACUCUGUUUGAAUUUUAAUUAUUAUUUUCUAUUUGGUGACUACCCUUACUGGUCUUUGGGAGUUAACCUACGUGCACCAAGGAGUGGACCCACUUGAAGACGACCUAACCAAGGACGCAUGUGAGGGAGUCACACUCAGCCGCCAGUGCAUUCCGGUGAUUGCAUCCCCUUUUUAUUACAACGGACUGUGGUAAAAUGGUCCUCCCGUGGUCCUCCCGUGACGUCCCUCAACACUUGUCUAAUCCUUAUUACUUGCUGGAUUUCAUAACCUUGAUACUUGUCUAUUCUUGUGAGGAGUCCACUAUCAUUGGCCCUUGCUACGAAGGAAGAAGGGUACUACUGCCGCAUCUUAAAGAGGGGAGAAGACGACCGCCGGUGUUUACAGAUAUUGGUUCCCCAAAACCUAACUUUAACUUGCACUUGGGGUCUUGUGUAGAUCGGGUGAUGCAUUUCCACCUCUCAUGUUUGCUCAUCUUGUCUUAUUAAAGCAUUGAUCCUUGCUGCUGUUCUCGGGUGAACUCGGCUAGCAUGAUUUGCUGUAGCCGUGAUCGGAGAUUGAAGUGUUGUUGAAUACCGAGGUGCAGCUUGGGUGUUGGACCUCAUCCUCGUCUUAUUUAUUGGAUUUGACGACAGGCUAGCCCUGAUAGAUCUUGGGAGUAGGGAGGAGGGUCAGCAUUCGGCAGUGUUUUAGUUGCCAUCGGGUCCGGUCCUAUCAAUUCAUGAGAACACGGUGAACAGUAUGUCCUGUCCGUUUAUCUUGCCAAGCAGGAUUGACAGCAAUCAAACGGCCUCAAUGUUUGCAUUUUAACUAAGUUGCUGCUUCACCGCUCGAUUUUGAAGACCACCUGGUUAUUUGCUGGCGUCACCGCCUUCAGAAUCAACGCAUUGCGGCCACCAACAUGUAACAGUCACAACGGGAGUCGGAGAAACAAGAAAACAUAAUCCUGGGAAUUAGGGGUUCCCCGAAGACGAAGGAAUUGACAAAUUCCUUUUUCUUCAUUUGUUCCGGUCCGCGGAGAAGAUGGAUUACUAUGAAAUCCUUGGUCUCAGGAGGAGCGCAACCAAAGAAGAGAUCAAGGAGGCGUUCAGGACAUUGGCCCUGAAACUACACCCGGACAGGCACUCUCAGUCCCCCAGAGAAGUCAAGGAGACGGCAACUCACAGAUUUAAGCAGGUUUCGGAGGCCUACGAUGUGCUCGUCGAUGACAGGAAGCGCGCUGAUUACAAUUUGAGAAGCGGGAAUCCAUUCUAUGCCGGUGGUGGAUCGUACGGACGAAGUGGGUAUGGUGCAACAUACAGGAAAGAAUACAGGCCGAGAACCUGGCGCGGUUGUGGGGACAAUCCAUUGUUUGAUUUGGACUUCUUGGUUCGGUUUGUGAGGAGGCGUGGAUUUCUGCUCAACGUCGCAUUUGCUAGUGUCCUCUUAGGUGGUGCAGUCAUUGUUGAAAGGAGUGGAGAGGCACUCUGGAGGAUCAACAACUCAGGGGAACAGUACUUCAGGCCAUAGACUAGCCUCUAUCUGUGUUUGAAGGCAGCAAAUUGCACACCUCCUUUUCGCAAAGGAGAUGUACAUAGUUUGCUAUUUCACAUCCACCAUUGUGGCAGAACGCAGAAUCUGCAUGCUGUGCAGAACACUGAUUUCCUCUUUCUUUGUUCGCAUGGAUUGUCGGCGUCACAAGCUGCAUGGAAUGCCAAUAUUCCCAGAAUGAGUGUCCCAUGUCAUUGAAAAACCUCUUAGGCCUUAUUUUUUUGUUGUGAAUUAAGAAAAAGAAAGGAAUCCUUAUAUUCAGCAUACUUGUCACUUUGUAGUGAAGCACCCAGCUUGGUGGAAAGAAAUAAUCUUGUUUGUGGAUC